GAGCUCGCCCCCACACUGUUCCCGGUUUUUGUUAAGCACUCGCUUAACCUAACCGCCGGGAGCAGAAGUGUUCGACGAAAUGACGAGCGCCGGAUCGGCGACGGGCGCCGCGCUGGGCGCGCGCACGGCGCGCUCCUGCGACGGCUGCAUGCGUCGGCGGGCGCGGUGGCACUGCCCCGCCGACGACGCCUUCCUGUGCCAGGCCUGCGACGCCUCCGUCCACUCGGCCAACCCGCUCGCGCGCCGCCACCACCGCGUCCGCCUCCCCUCGGCGUCCUGCUCCUCCCCUCCGCGCGACCCCGACUCGCCCGCGUGGCUCCACGGCCUCAAGCGCCGGCCGCGGACGCCGCGGUCCAAGCCAGGGGGAAGCGGCAAGCACGAGGCCACGCCCGCCUCGAUCGCCGCGGCCGCGUCGGCAGCGGUGCCCGACCUCGAGGCGGAGGAGGAGUCUGGCUCCGGCAUCGUGGGCGACAACGAUUUCUACGGGUUGGAGGACGACGACGACGAGGAUCUUCUGUACCGCGUCCCGGUGUUCGACCCCAUGCUCGCCGAGCUCUACAACCCCGUGGCCGACGAGGGGGAGCAGAAGCCGGCCUGCCUGAUCUCGUCUCUCGCGGAGACGUCGCCGGAGUUCGCCUCCGGCUCGGCGGAGGCGGACGGGCUCUCCGGGUUCGACGUCCCGGACAUGGAGCUCGCUAGCUUCGCCGCGGACAUGGAGAGCCUCCUCAUGGGAGUGGAGGACGGGUUUGAUGAUCUGGGUUUCUUGAACGAGGAGAAGCCUCAGGUGAACGUGGACCUGGGCAUGAACCUCGAGGCCGUGGCGGCGCCGGCGCCGGAACGAGAUGAGAAGAAAAGGAAGCGGCCAGAGAUGAUACUCAAGCUCAACUACGAGGGAGUAAUCGCCUCGUGGGUCCGCGACGGCGGAUCGCCGUGGUUUCACGGCGAGCGUCCUCACCUCGAUCCUUACGAGUCCUGGUCGGACUUCCCGGCGGGGUGCAGGGGACUCCUCGGCGGCGCCGUGACAGCGGUGACAGGCGGCGAGCGGGAGGCGCGGGUGUCGAGGUACCGGGAGAAGCGGCGGACGCGGCUGUUCGCCAAGAAGAUCCGGUACGAGGUGCGCAAGCUCAACGCCGAGAAGCGGCCGCGUAUGAAGGGCCGGUUCGUGAAGCGCAGCUCGCUGCCGCCGCUACCGCCGCCGCCGCCGCAGAAGCAGCCGCCGCGGGCGAUGCCGCACGUGGGCAUGAUGCUCGCGCCGCCAGUGGGCGCGCACGGGCGCUUCCGUUUUUGAGACCACGCGUGCAGUGCAAGAUUAAACACUACAGACAGUAUCACGUAGCAUGUUCUUUCUACUCUACUUUUAAUUGGGGAUGAACGUACCUAGUGUUAGUUUUGAGCAGAAUCCGCACGUGCGAGUUAUUAGGGCUCCCCAAGAUGCCUAAUCACGACUGAAAUAUUUGUAUCCACCUGUGCAGAAUUUAAUGUGCAAAGUAGCUAAUUAAGGAUCAGUAAGUAUGUAAUGUGUAGCUAGGUUGGGUGUUUCUCUUCUGUUUGUAAAGAAGGAUCUACUAAUUACAAAGGUGUGUAGAGUUUGAUGCUCGAUCUCAUCGACCAGAACAUUGGAGUAUUACAUUACAUGUGUAAAGGUCUGAAACUCUGAACUGAAGCUGUGUAAGACCAAAGUGAUGAUAUACUAUGUGGUUUGCUUAGGGGGUUCUUAA